AAUCAAUUACGAUGACGGAUAAGAUCACAGCAAACGGUGUCUGUAUUUACUCGGGAAGCUCUAUUGGUACAAAAGAUGUAUACAGGGAGGUGGCAGAAUCCAUUGGCGUAGCUUUAUCCUCACGCGAUAUCACUGUUGUAUAUGGCGGUGGUGAUUUCGGGUUGAUGGGCGUCGUAGCUCGAUCUGCACUAAAGAACAAUGGUAAAGUCACUGGAAUAAUCCCUCGUGCAAUGGUAGGAGUUGGUGAAAAAGGGCGUGGUGAGAAGUCAACAGAGUCAGACAUAGACACUUUCCCAAAUCUCGACACUGUGGUCGUUGAAAGUAUGCAUGAGAGGAAGUUGGCAAUGGCUGAGCGUUCUCGCGCCUUUAUUGCUCUCCCAGGUGGUUUUGGCACGCUUGAGGAACUUCUAGAAGUGACGACAUGGUCACAGCUUAAUAUACACUCUAAACCUGUGGUAGCGAUCAAUGUCGAUGGAUUUUACGAACCACUGAAAGCAUUUAUCACGACUGCCGUAGAAGCCGGAUUCAUUAGUAAAAAGAACGCAGAUCUGCUGAAAUUUAUAGAUACCCCUGUCGAUGGAGAUUGGGGGAAGGUUAUCUUUGAUGCCUUUGAGCAAUACAGACCAACUGGUGAGGAGUACAACUUCAACUGGGCGCAAGCAUAAAAAAAGAUAAGAAAUUUAUACAUACAUAUCGCGGAAUAUCAUCUAUAAGGGUGUAUCUUGAUGUUUCACUAAGUUGCAGUCGUCUUGAACACUCGACUGACCUUCGUAGACGUGAUUGAUGCACCGAGAGAGAUGGCAGCGAGUAAGGUUGCAUCUGUAGCAAGGAGCGCUAACCCAUUAAGCAUGAAGCGAGGUGCAAAUACCUUCCAGACCAUGAGAUGUCUUCUAAAAUGUGCAGCUGCGAUGAGUGUCGCGAGUGUGAUUAGUGUGUUGUAAAGAACAAAUCCACUACCCGCUCGCAGAAUAUUUGUGUUUAGCGACUGACUUGCAUUAACUUUAGGCGCAACCUUCCAAUAAACGAGAAGUGGGACCGCCAGACUAACGAGAAUGAAACCUGAGAGUGUGUUGAUUGACACUAAAAGAGGAGCGUAUGGAUAGGUUAGCUUUGGGAAUCCGACGAAAGCAGCCUUCCAUUGGAGUGUACUGAGUACAGCUUGGUGACCAGUUGAGUAAUAAAGCAAGUAUCCCAAUUGAGCAAGCCAAGCGGACCUCCAGAGUGCUGGACGUGGUUGUGGCGGUGCAACCAUCUUACCGUCCUUCUUCGUAUAUUUCGAUGGUCGUUUUAGCAACUUAUUCAACGCCUUCUCAUCAUUUUGAUAGUCCGUCAACUCCAAAAACACUAAUAUAACGAUCAAGCAGCCAAACAAAGCGAGUUGUCCUGUUGGUAGAUUUGUUAACCACAUUAAAGCGAAAGCCGGGAGCAUAAACAGAAGGUAAUAGGCACCAUAACUGUUACUAAAUCCUAAUACUUUAACUUCACGUUUACCAUCCUGACGAUUCUCCUCUUUGAUAUCGAUACAGAGUGUCGAUACAUACCAGAAGGUGUAUCCUACGACGCCUGCGAAGAGGAUAUUUGUACGUGCUAAUGUGGUUUUGAUAGUAAUGAGCACAUAACUUGGUGUCUUCAUCUCGAGCAAAUCGAGCAACCAGUAAGAAGACCCUAAGACAAGUGAAAGUGUGAAUCCACCAACAAAUAUUCCCGCAAAACCAGCGAAUGACGCACUCACGUUGAGCGAAUACCUCAAAACAAAAUAGGUAGCUAUUGCAGAAGGAAUUAAAGUCGCGUACACCCAAGCAGGAGAGAGACUGCUAGAGGAUGUCUCGUAGAAGGUAACGGCACACCAUCCUCCUAGUUCUUCUCUACAUACUGUAGAGCCUGCCAUCAAGCGUAGCGUGAAUGCUAUCAAUGCGGAUGCGAUCGCUAAUUGUUUCUUCAUCCUCGCUUGGUUUGCGUAUGGAGCUCUAACUAAUGAAAACAGAAUUGGAGUUUGUAGUAUAACUAGCAGGACUCUAUCUUCCCACAAUACGUAGGAGUUGGAGAGGAAGAUAGCGAGAUGGGAGAGUAUACCGAAGAGAUCUAAGGCUUUUGGAGUUGAUAAUGGUGGUACUGCGUAAGAUAGCGCCAAUUCGACAGCGAAGCAUAUUAUAAAUAUGAUGCUUUCAAUGUGCUUGCCUUUCAAGAGAGCGAUGGAGAAGAAAGAAGCAACGACUAACGCCCAAGGUGCUGCUUUCUGGGCGUCCCGCACAGCGACCUUCAUCCAAUCACAGCUGGAGUUCCUACCUGCGCGGUUGAAAACACCGACAAGGAUAGGUAAAGACAUCAAGAGAAGUAAUCCACCGGAGAGCAUCAAAAGAGCAUCAAAUUGUGCCCAAAUGGAUCGACAGCUCUGCAAAGUGCUAUUAAAGAAGUCGCUGUAUAAGUAAUAUGAUGUGUGGUCCUUAUUGAAGUAGCUACCUUCCUCCAACGAUUUAGCUUCUUUGGCAAGGUUGAGCUUUUGCUGUAACGAUUGAAGGAACGGCUUGAUUUCAUGACCUGACUGUCCUUUAGCGUAGCUUUUAAGGUAUUUCCAAAUCUGGUUAGAGGUCACAUCCUGCGCUUGUCUUAGGACUGAUGGGAUUGGGAACAACUCGGGAAUAAUUCCGCCUAGAUUGUUGAAAGGAAUAGCCAAACCGAGCAAUAAACUGAGUGAAGGGAGGAUGUCGAUCUGUUGAAUAGUCCUAUGUCCCUGAUGAUGAGGCAGACUAUUUGCGAAAGUACGCGCUUUGCUGUUCGUAAGCGGUUUCUGCUUGCUGUACAUCCACAAAGCAGCUGAGGUUUCCAGCUCUGAGUCGCCUCCAUGGUCUCCUCUGCUAUCCAUACCAUGAUCACCCAUGACAACUAAAAGGGUGUCAUCGUCAAUUGCCUCAACAACUCUCGUUAAAACAUCAUUCAUCUGUUUCAGUUUGGUUGACAUUGUUUCGUGCGACGGUCCCACUCUGUGUCCUACAUGGUCUACGCCCAAAAAAUGACCGAUAAUGAAAUCCGUGUUGUUUGCUAUAAGUGGGAAUAUGUGCUUUGUGACACCAUUGUCAACUGAGUGCAAAUCCUCGACGUUGAAGCUAUCAUACGGGAACUGCUCGUCAAAACUGUCCGGAAAUACAGACAUCCAGGUAUCGUCACCAACGAAAGCCGUCUUCUUGUGGGCAUUCUUCAGUUGGCGAAUUAAACUGUCUUCCUCGAUGCUUGUACCGCUAAACGCAUUGCCAAUAUCGAUGAAUGUAGGCAAACUACCCGUUGUGAGACCCUUUAUGCGUUGUAGCGUCGUUGUAGGUGGAUCGACAUAAGUGUGGUAUAACAAGCUGUUAUCUGGUGACUCCCUUGUGAGUUUAGAUGGUAAAGUAAGUGUAUUAUGAUAGUGUU